AUGUACUGUACCCUCCUCCGCAGUGCUGCUAUAGCUCGGAAGGCCGAGUUCGAGUUGUCGGGGAUGCAGUCGCUGCGUAGGAAGCUUGAAUAUGCUGCUACAGCCAAUAAUCAAUUCAAAACUCAAGUUAAAAUGCUUCGGGAGCAGCUGUCCAAGGCGAAGGAGAAGCUUAAGGCUGCCGAGGAGAAGGCCGUGUCUGCUGAGGAAAAAUUGAAGACCUCUGAUGCUACCGUAUCCCGUCUAACCGAGCGGGAGAUGACUUUGGAAAGUCAGCUCAAUGCCGCGCAAGGUCGGGUGGUCGCUUUGGAGAAGGAACGUGAUGCGGCCGUCUCGUCGGCUAAGACCGCUCAAGCUGAGGCCGAAGAGCUUAAGAAGAAGCAUAAAGAGACCGUGAAGCAGGGAAAGAGCGCGAUCCUGAUGACUGAGGAAGCUCUUAAGGCCCAGGUGAAGAUCGUGGCCCCCGACUUUGACACGUCGACAAUUGGCGUCUUUAAAACAAUCAGGGAUGGCAAGAUUGUUGACAUGCCCAAGAAAUGA